CGGCUUUUUCAUGAGAUAAAGUAGAGUUCAAUUAUUAUUCAAUUUAUUAAAUAGUUUAUUAAAUAAACGACUAAUUAAUUGAAUUAAAUAAAUACAAUUUGAAUCAAAACUAAUUGAGUGCUUAAUUGAGAGCUGAGUCAACAAUCACGGCCUCCAGAAUUUACGAGUCGGGCUCCUCUACCGCUGCGUUCUGGGAGACGCUGUGGCCGAGUAUGUUAAACAACUUUCACCAAGGUGCUAACACUCCCAACGGACCCAUCGGCAAACCCAAUCUCCCGAACCUAUCCAACAUCACAUCCAACAUCCACUCCCAUCACCACAACUCCAUCAAUAAUAACAACAAUAAUAACAUCCAACUGCUCGGCGAGAAUGGACACAACAACGGACACAACGGCACUCCAAACCAUAUGCCGGGCACUCCAUCCGAAAACUCUUCAGCGCUCGGCAUAAGUGUCUCUCAUUCUAAUAGCAAUACAAAUGAAGGCCAUUCACACCACCAGAACAUCAAUAGUAACUCAAAUCAAGACAAACCGAGUAAACAGAAGCGCCACAGAACCCGAUUCACUCCCGCACAGCUUCAGGAGCUCGAGAGGAGCUUUGGUAAGACUCACUACCCGGACAUCUUCAUGAGGGAAGAGCUCGCCAUGAGAAUUGGGCUCACGGAGUCUCGCGUUCAGGUUUGGUUUCAGAACCGAAGAGCAAAAUGGAAAAAGAGAAAGAAGACAACGAAUGUGUUCAGAAGUCCGGGCGCUCUCUUGCCGUCUCACACAUUACCACCGUUUGGUUCAAUGGGUUCAUCGGACGGGUUGUGUUCGUUUGGUCCGACACACGACACCCGGUGGCCAAUGAGCGCCGGAAUGGGUCAGAUGUCUGGCCACCCGAUGCCAAUCGGUCACAGUCUUAAUCAACAGCCAACGAAUUUCGGUCAGAACUUAUCCACUGGAAUGGCGUGUAAUAUAAGUCAAUCCAAUUCAAGCAUAUCAUCGGCGAGCGCGCCGUCAUAUCAAACUCCAUAUACAAAUGUGGCCAUCAGUUGCAGUCCUCCUCUCAAUCCACAAGAAUCCAACACUUCGUGUUCGCCGCAGAACUGGUCUAAUGACACGACCAGCACCUGGAGAGGCACUUCCAUCGCCACUCUCAGACGUAAAGCACUCGAACACUCAGUUUCAAUGACUUUGAGAUGAAUUAUUAUCAAUUAAGCCAAACAUUCCGUCAAAUAUACUAACCAUUUGACGGUUUAAAUACUAAACAUAUUUAAGUUCCUCCAUU